CAUUUUUCUCCCUUAAUCCCACUUUUCUACGAAUGUUUCCAAGUCCCCUCACACGACGGCAAUCCCAGGUAAAGAGUUGUCCUCCUCUGUUGGUUCUCCUUCCUACGAUUUUGUCUUGCGGUGUUGUUAUUUUCGCUUUUACUCCCAAGGGGAUUCUGUCUGUGUCUUUGGGAAUCCACAGAUGCGGGGGCUGGGAACAAGGAGGGCCAACGGUAGAACUCAGUGGGGUGUGUCCAGGCUGCAAUUAACCUAAUGAACCUGCCGGGCACAGCAGUCCACCUGGCGUGGACCGUCCCGAUUGGCUGCGUUGGGCUGACGGAAUGAAUUCGUAUUGGGGCGGGGCUGCCCAAGGCCCAAGGGGGUCAGGGCUUGAGUCCUGGGUGGGCCCGGGGCUGGCUAUAUAAGGCCGGGCUCUGGCAGCCCAGCUGCAUUCCGCCUCGGACGGCGCAGCGCAGAGGUCACUCCAGGCUGCGGCUCCACAUCCCGAGGGACAGAAGCGGGCCUGCUCAGCUGUCUGCAAGGACCGGCGUUCCAGACCAAGUGGCCCGCUGCUCCGAGGACCCAGCUCGCUCCAGGUUGUGGGGACUCCACGCCCCGAGGCCUGCGGUCCGCGAGGACCAGCGCCCCGGAACCAGUGGCCCACUGCUCCGAGGACCGAGCUCGCGCCAGGCUGUGACUCCACAUCCCGAGGUCGCUGCCUGGCGACCGGGCAGCGAGGACCGGCCACCCCAGACUUCGUGUCCCGCCGCCCCGAGGACAGAGCCGCGAACGCGAGGACAGCGACGCCUGCACAGCUCUGCUGAGAUGGCGGCAGGCUCCACUACGCUGCGCGCAGUGCAGAAGCUGCAGGUGCGUCUGGCCACGAAGACGAACCCAAAAAAGCUGGAGAAAUAUUUGCAGAAACUCUCCGCCCUGCCCAUGACGGCAGACAUCCUGGCGGAGACUGGAAUCAGAAAGACGGUGAAGCGCCUGCGGAAGCACCAGCACGUGGGCGACUUUGCCAGAGACUUAGCGGCCCGGUGGAAGAAGCUGGUGCUUGUGGACCGAAACACCGGGCCUGACCCACAGGACGCUGAGGACAGCGCUUCCCGACAGCGCCUCGGGGAGGCUCUCCAGGACCAGGAAAAGGCCUGGGGCUUCCCAGAAAACGCGACGGCCCCCAGGAGCCCAUCUCACAGCCCUCAGCACGGACGGACAGCACGCAGAACACCUCCGGGACAACAGAGACCUCACCCGAGGUCUCCCAGUCGCGAGCCCAGAGCCGAGAGAAAGCGCCCCAGAACGGCCCCAGCUGAUUCCGGCCCCCGUCGGGACCCUCCAACGCGCACCGCUCCCCUCCCGACGCCCGAGGGCCCUGAGCCCGCUGUGCCCGGGAAGCAACCCGGAAGAGGCCACGCUCACGCCGCUCAGGGCGGGCCUCUGCCGGGUCCGGGCUGCCAGGGCCAACCUCAGGGGGAAGCGGUGGCGAGCCACAGCAAGGGGCGCAAAUCGUCCCGCUGGGCUUCGGCUCACAAAUCGCCUCCUGUCCAGGAAAGCCAGUCAGAGAGGCUGCAGGCGGCCGGCGCUGAUUCCGCCGGGCCGAAAACGGUGCCCAGCCUUCUCUUCGCAGAGCUCUGGGACCCCUCAGCGGCCUGGAUGCAGGCCAACUACGAUCUGCUGUCCGCUUUUGAGGCCAUGACCUCCCAGGCAGAGCCAGAAGCACUCUCCGCGCCAACGUUCCAGGAGGAAGCCGCUUUCCCUGGACGCAGAGUGAAUGCUAGGCUGCAGGUGUACUCGGGCUCCAGGCCUGCCUGCCAGCUCCAGGUGCUGACGCUGCGCCAGCAGUGCCUCCCGGUGCUUAGAAACAAUCCGGACGCCCUCGGCGACGUGGGAGGGGUCGCCUACUCGGUUCUUGAACCCGUUCCGGAAGGGUGGACGCCUGAUCAGCUGUAUCGCACAGAGAAAGACAACCACGCACUCGCUCGAGAGACAGAUGAAUUAUGGAGGAUUCAUUGUCUCCAGGACUUCAAGGGAGAAAAGCCGCGGGAGCACGAGUCUUGGCGGGAGCUGUACCUGCGGCUUCGCGACGCCCGAGAGCAGCGGCUGCGAGUAGUGACCACGAAAAUCCGAUCUGCACUUGAAAACAAACCCAGCGGCCGACAGACAAAGAUGAUCUGUUUCAACUCUGUGGCCAAGACGCCUUAUGAUGCUUCCAGGAGGGAAGAGAAGUCUGCAGGAGCCGCUGACCCCGGAAACGGGGAGAUCAAGCCAGCCCCCCAGCCCGCAGGAAGCAGCCAGGCUGCCUCCGGCCUCGGGGACGGCGGCGGCGGCGGCGGCGGCGGCGGCGGCAGCAGCAGCAGCAGCAGCAGCAGCAGCAACGUCCUUCACGGGCCCCCUGAGAAGCGGGCCAACCCCUGCCUGAGCAGCAGCAAUGAGCACGCGGCGCCCGCGGCCAAGACCCGGAAACAGGCUGCCAAGAAAGUGGCCCCGCUGAUGGCCAAGGCAGUUCGAGACUACAAGAGAAGAUUCUCCCGACGAUAAACUCAGGACUUGCCUUACACAUAAAAUCUGGGGGGAGGAGGACCAAUGCAAAGUCAACGCGGGUUGGGGAACGAAACUUCCAAUGGACACCAGGACCCUUGGCUGGGUGCAAAGUUGAGCCUCUGAAUUCUGCAGGUGUCAAGCGCUGGCCCUGUGAUUUUUGCCUCCCACACCCGGCCACUGCCUCCCUGCUUGGAGGACACCUCAGAAUUCAGAAGAUAUUAUGAACGCGUUCGGAUCAACUCUGCUUUGGUGGUUCACCGACCGUUUUUUAAACAACGCCCUAGUUGCCAUCAUAAAUCAGGUACGAGAUGUGAGAGUCCCUUUUGCCGUUUGUUCUCUCUUCUGAAAUCAUGGAGCACACAGGGACUUCUUAGACACAAACUCUCAAUCCAUCAGUUGACACUGAUAACUCCGACUACGCAAAAUGUCUUGUUACUGUUGUUGUUUUCUUUUAGAUAAAAGGCCGGGCAUGAUCCUCUAAUCGUGAGCCAUCCUCCUCCGGGAGGCCGAGGAAAGCAGAUCGCUUGAGCCCAGGAGGUGGGGACCAGGCUGGGCCAAACGGAGAAGCCCCGUCUCCACAAAAGAUACCAAAAUUAGCCCGGCGUGGUGGCACGGCCCCUGUGGUCCCAGCUCCUUAAAGGGCUGAGGUGGCAGGAUCGCCUGAGCUGGCCAAGCGGAGGUUGCGGUGACCCUUCCUCAUUCCACUGCACUCCAGCCUGGAUGACACAACCAGAGCACACCUCAAAGAAAACUGCUGUUUGUUUGAAGAAAGGAACUCUUGGCUUUCAUACAUAAAUGCUAACAACUGGUACGUUCCUUAAGUCAAAACACUUUUACUAGAGUCAUUCCCAAUCUUUUCACCCAGAACCCCUGUGAAAGAAUGGCGACACCUUAAUCAGCUUAUUUAGGUUCUCGAUCAGGAAGUCUAAACCUGCCAACCAGAGUUUCUAAUUCCCAUGAGAUGACCGGGUUAACUACCUUGACUUCACCUCCUACCAGCUCCUGCAAGCUUUGGUGAACGUUUGCCUUCUAACUCAGGGCAUUUGUUGGCUUCACGCGGGCUGGUAGUCACAGGUCCGUGUGCCAGAUACGACACACACACAUACACACAAACAAAGACACACACACAAACGCACACACACACGCGCGCGCACACACACAAACACGCACGCGCACACACCCCCCCCCCCCCCCAUUAAGUAAACCUCGUUCUUAGGCGUUACCGACAGUGAGGGGUAGAGAGAGAAAUACAAAGACAUAAGCCGCAAGGCAAAACCGAGCAAGGGCAGCAGAAGAGAUCAAAGUCCUGUACCCUGGGCUGUCAGCAGCAUGGGGGCUGGGAAGCUCCUGGAAGCAGGCACCUGAGUGGAUGCCGGUGCACGUCAAAGGAGGCCUUCAAGCCUGAAGAACACGGAAGGAGCCAGAAACGGGGUGCCACAGAGAUGCUACCCUUAAGGAAGACAGAAAAGCAUCCGUUCCGGGGAAGGGGACAUAAUCCAGUCAGCGACCGCGUAAAACUCAGACAUGUCCGGGCACGGUGACUCGCGCCUGUAUUCCCGUGGCUUUGGGAGGUCGAGGCCGGCGGACCACCUGAGGUCAGGAGUUGCAGACCAGCCUGACCAACCUGAGGAUAUCCCGUCUCUUCUAAAAAGACGAAACUCGGUUGGGCUUGCUGGCGAGCGCCUGUAAUCCCAGCUACUCAGGGGGCUGAGACAGGAGAAUCGCUUGAACCCGGGAGGCGGGGUUUGCGGUGAGCCCAGAUCCCACCACUGCGCUCCAGGCUGGACAACAGAAGCCAAACUCCGUCUCAAAAUUGAAAAACAAAACCUCAGAAAACCUUCCCCAGCAAGGGCCAGAGACAACGCCCGUCCCUAUUUCUUGACAGCAAUUCAAGAGAGAAUCUCAGGUGGCCUGCAAAACUCACAAGAGAGCAGAAUAUCCUCCCCAAGGCAGAGAAGCCACACGCUCUCUCUGGAGGAGGUGGAGUGGCCACCGAUCACCCUGCAGCCCCUCCCCACUCCCAGCCAGAAACCCCAGUCCCUCGGAACCAAAUUGUUUUCCACUGGCAACAACCUUCCUUCCUGGAAAAUCGUUUCCCCUGCCGAAAUGGAGAACAAGCACGAAACAAGCAAACACAACUCAAAACACAAACACAAGGAAGCAAUCCGAGCAAGCUCUAGCUCCUCAUAGCUCAUCGAUGCCCCCACUGGCGUGCUACUGAAAACAGCGGCUGCACCCAUUAAACUCAUUCAUUACUGGAGAACGAGACAGACCUCAGCAGAUCCCUGCUCCCACUGCGACACACCCGCUCCAAAAGACAGAAAGGAAACAACCCCCACACAACACAUAAACCUGCCCCAGAAUAGAAUUCAGCAUCAACCUAAGGAUCCUGCUGUAACAUUGCUACACUGACCCAGGACAGCUCAAUUCUCUUCCCACCUAUUUACAAAACAAUCCUCAUUCUGGGAGCUCCGGAAGCAUGGCCAGUAUUGCACUAGGAUCCUCUUCGUGAGGUAGCCGGAAGUCUGGAAACACAGCAAAUUUACCUAUUUCUCUACACAACACGGAGGGUAAUUCUCAGAAAAGGCUUAACACCCGAAUCCUCAUACUUCAAAUGGUUGUGUUUUCCCCAUUCGGACUGAAAGGUGAGAGUGGAACUCGGCUGCCCAAACCGUGGCGCCGAUAUCAGCUGCAGGCCAGAGCAAGCCUUUCCGAGGAGAUUUUAAACAACCGGUGGGAGCAAGAUCCUGAAGCAUUUCUUCCAAGAUUGGCAGCAGGAGACGAAACCUGGCUCUACCCGGCAGGAUCCUGAAGACCAAGCACGAAGCCGUGGCUAGCAAGAGGUGGCAGUGCUCCAGCCGAAGCCACAGAGGAGCAGUCAAGAGCGGAGGUCAUGGCCACCGUUUGGGGGGGGAUGCCAGAGGGAUUCUCCUCGUUGGCUUUCUGGAGGGCCAAACCCUGAUCACAUCUGCUCACUGGCAGAGCCUUUUCAGAGAGUUAGCCAAAGCUGGAGCGGAGAAGGUCCCCACCAGAGAGUUCUUCUCCACCACGACAACGUUCCUGCUC